CCAACAUAAAUAAAGGAGUUGAAGUCGUGAAAGUUUGUUACGUUUGAAAUAUGUUUGGUUGAUUUAGUGUACAUUUGAAACAAAAUUAGCAUUAAGCCAAUUAUUGUAACCAUGCCAAUGGAAGAAAAAGUAUCGCUCCGCACGCCACAUCUUGAAAACCCCUGCAAAAGUUGUUUAAUCAGAAAAGCCGACCGCCCUGACAGAGAUCAUCAGCCAACACUGUUAGCUGCAAUCAGUAACACGCAUUCUCCACUACUUUGCUGGUAUUGCACGAAAUAAACUCACACCGGGAGAUACGGAAGAGCAUCAGCAAAAUACCAUAGUGUCAAUGACGGUGACGCUGGUAGCAGAAAGCCGCCGCGAGAGCAAAGGGCAAAGAUCAGAGAAAAAUCUCAGCGCGACGCACGCACAUCUCCAUCGGUAUGUGGCAAGGCAAACGAGAAUAGAAAACCGACGCUACUCUUUCUCUCCCUUCUCUUCUUCACCAACACCAUCGCAAGCAGCAAAAUGAUGGGUAUGUGGACGAGUACAGUCGAUGAUGAAAAUCAGAGUACCGUAGUACAGUGAGCAAUCCACGUCGCACGGAAAAUCUGCAUCGAAGAAAGAACAAAUUAGUUCCGACAAGCCUAGUGAAAGUGCGCAGUGGAUGUGUGGCAAAAAGUAAAACUUUCAACCCGCACGUAGCCCAAGGAUUUUGCCGGGGCGUGUAAUCCGUAACUAUAAAGUGCUGUUAAGCUAGGAGUGUGAAAAUUAGCCGCGCUCAAAAAGGCAACCAUAUUGGAUCAAGAACCAUUAGUGACAAAAGGCGAAUAGAGUGCGGUGGUGACGCCAUCCAUCCGCCAUCUUUGAAGAUCCUUGAAGAACCUUCCACGUGGACAGAAUCGACGAGUAAAUUCCAUUCCAUCCCGUGACAAGACCUCUUAAAAGCAGUUACGACGUCCAGGACGAAUCCAUCGGAUGCAACCCAGGCAGGGACCGCAACCACUACCGGAUUUCUCUCGCCAAAGUUCAUGCCAUUCGCGGAAAGCAUACACGUCGCUAGAGCGAAACGAACGACGGUCGUUUGAUUCAGCCAGCCUAGAAGUCGAUCACUUCGCAGAGAACCUCCACGUCCAUCCUUCGGUUCAAAAACAAAGCCUUCCCUCGGAAGGCUUUGUUUCUCUAUUUACAGCUAAUCCACACACGGAUAGUGGCAUCGGACUUGUUCGAACCAGGUGCGACCGCGAGGUGGCUGCGAACUAUCGGUCGGGAGUUGAGUCAAGCCCGGAGAGGGCCGAACCACUGGUCCACCGAAAGACGCCUUCGACAGCCGCAGUAUACGACACUGAGUUGCAACCGCAAGUCUUGGUCAGACGUCGUGAAGGCAUAGUACACCAGCGAGCGAGCCACGGCUGCACUGCAGGGUAGUGUGGAAUCAUGUGCGGAAGGGUGACAUCCAUGAUGAUGGCGGCGGCCAGAACAGCGAUUACGGUAGGGGCGCCCCAAUAGUGAGUACAAGAUGGAAAAUUAGCACGUAAGUAGAAAUUCAAAAGAGAAAAGGAAGGCAGGCAAGCUAGAGUAGGAUGAGGCUUAGAAGGAGAUAAGAAAAUGUCCUUUGAAUAAAAUAUGUACACUUUA